UGCGUGAAGUGUGACUAGCGACUUCGCUCUGCAUAAUCUCAUUGAAUCUCAUCAGACCAAUGGAGCUACAAUGGUUACAUUGCAUUCCCUGUCAAGGCUGUCAGGGGCAUUAUGCUAGGCCGGCAAGAUGUUCGCGCAGCUCAUUUUGUGGCAGGGGCAAUCAGCGCGCCCCUUGACAGUUCGCGCCUGCAUGCCAGAACAAUUGUUCGUCUCGGCUUUCAGUUCGCCCACACGCGCGCCUUAUCCCUCGAUUCAUUCUUCCUAUGGCACUCAAGAUGGCCGUUUGGAGUUCGAUCUCGCUCCUCUUGAUCCUACCUGUUGUUCUGGGCUCGUCUGACCCUGCCUCGGCAGCAGUUGAUGACUACGAUGUCCUGCAAUACAUCAAUCCUCUCAUCGGGAGUGCCAAUGGAGGAAAUGUCUUCGCAGGCGCGACAAUCCCCUAUGGUAUGGCCAAAGCCGUAGCCGAUACAGAUUCGCAAAACAAUCAAGGGGGCUUUGCGUUCGACGGGAGUCGUAUCACCGGCUUCUCCAGUUUUCACGACUCAGGCACCGGCGGCCAACCCUCUCUCGGGAACUUCCCUCUGUUCCCUUAUACGACGUGCCAGAAUGACGACGUGAAUGGCUGCGUCUACCCAAAGAAGGAGCGAAAGACGGCUUAUGACCCCUCUUCCGUCAAAUCAAGUCCGGGAUAUUUUGGGUUGACAAUGAGCUCUGGGAUUCAGGUGGAUAUGACUACAACUCAUCAUGUGUCUCUGUUCCGGUUCCGGUUUCCUGCCAAUGUAUCAUCGAGUCCUCUCAUCUUGUUAGAUCUUUCCGACUUGUCCGACACGCGCCAGGACAAUGGGACUGUUUCCGUUGAUGCCACGACAGGACGCAUGACUGGCCACGCACGAUUCUUGCCAAGCUUCGGAAGUGGCUCUUAUGUGCCAUACUUCUGUGCUGAUUACCAGAGCGCGGCCGACAUUCGAGACACUGGUAUCUUUGUAGAUGCGCGGGCUAGUAGUGUUGUCAAGAACCUCACAAUCUCGCGCAGCAUAAAUGGCUACCCUCUUCCGGGCGGUGCUUUUGUACGCUUCAAGGCAGCAUCUGAGAUCACGGUUCAAGCCCGCGUGGGCAUAAGUUUUAUCAGUAGCGAGCAGGCUUGUCAGAAUGCAGAGACUGAAUUACCCGAUUUCGAUUUCGAUAAGACCCGUGCGGCAGCAGUCAAUAAGUGGACAGAGAAGAUGGCACCAAUUAGAGUAUCCAGAACCGGGGUGAAUGCAUCUACCUUGACCAAUUUCUACAGUGGGAUCUACAGAACUAUGGUAAACCCUCAAGAUUACACCGGAGAGAAUCCGUUGUGGGAAAGUGAGGAGCCAUACUUUGACUCUUUCUACUGCCUUUGGGAUUCCUUCCGAUCUCAGCUUCCAUUUCUGACAAUCUUUGACCCUGCAUCGUUGAGUCGGAUGGUUCGUUCCCUGAUUGAUACGCAACGACAUCUUGGAUGGCUACCUGACUGUCGCAUGUCACUCUGCAAAGGCUAUACGCAGGGAGGCUCCAACGCAGAUGUUGUGCUUGCAGACGCAUACGUCAAGAACAUUAGCAACGGGAUUGACUGGGAAGCUGGGUAUGCAGCGGUGCAGAAAGAUGCGGAAGAGGAGCCGUUUGACUGGUCCAACGAAGGCCGGGGAGGGUUGCAGAGCUGGAAGGCACUGAACUACAUUCCCGUGGAGGACUUUGACUACAUUGGCUUCGGAACCCUGACACGAAGUAUAUCCCGCACGCUAGAAUAUGCCUACAAUGACUUCACUAUCGCACAAAUGGCUCGAGGGAUGGGUAAGACGAGCGAUGCGGAAAAGUACGAAAGGACUGCAAAAUAUUGGCAGAAUCUCUUUCGUGCAGAUCAGACCUCAUUUCUCAACGGCACGGAUACUGGAUUCAAGGGCUUCUUCCAGCCGAAAUACUUGAACGGCACAUGGGGAUACCAGGACCCCCUAACAUGUUCCAACAUUGACACAAGCGGCCGAUCCUGCUCCCUGCAGAACAACGCCGCCGAGACCUUUGAAUCCAGCAUCUGGGAAUAUCAAUUCUUCGUCCCCCACGACAUGUCCACCCUCAUCACCCUCCUCGGCGGCCCCGACGCCUUCACCCACCGCCUCGACUACCUCCACGACCGCGGCAUCACCUACAUCGGCAACGAGCCCGCCUUCCUGACCGUCUUCCAGUACCACUACGCCGGCCGACCGGGCAAGUCCACCGCGCGCGCCCACACCUACAUUCCGGCCUUCUUCAACCCGACGCCGACGGGCCUGCCAGGCAACGACGACUCGGGCGCCAUGGGCUCGUUCGUGGCUAUGACGAUGAUGGGCCUGUUCCCCAACCCCGGCCAGAACGUGUAUCUGAUCACGGCCCCGUUCUUUGAGAGCGUCAACAUCACCUCCCCGCUCACGGGCAAGACGGCCCGCGUGCGCACGGUGGGCUUCGAUCCGAGCUACCAGGCGGUAUACAUCCAGUCGGCAACAUUGGAUGGACAACCGUACACUAAGAGCUAUGUGGGGCACGAUUUCUUCACCGAGGGAAGGGAGUUGGUUCUCUGGUUGGGAAGGAAUGAGAGUUCUUGGGGCCAGGGAGUUGGGGAUCUGCCGCCUUCGCUGGGGACGGAAGGGGAUGCAACUUUGAACUUUAGGUAUGAGUAGAGACUCUUGCUCUCUCUUUAUGUCUCUUUCGCUCUGUGUGUGGCAAACGUGUACGGUAGAUAGGUGAGGUGUACCGACUGUAGGUCUCUAGUGUUUGGAAGGUCAGGGUGGUGGUGUGUAGAUCGGUUGUAAGUGAC